UGUUGGGGAAGAAGGUGAAAGUCAAAUCGGAGGGAGGAAAUCACCAGCUGCUCAAAUUUUCCGGCGACAGCGAUGGAGGUCGAGAUGAACGAGGAGACGCUGAAAUCCGCCGGAGCAGAGCUUUUGCCCGAUGGACGCCGAGGUUUGCGCAUCCAUGGUUGGGAGAUCGAAUCUCUCCAUGGCUCGAUUCUCAACUCUCUCGCUCUUCAACAGUGGGAAGAAAAGCUUCAGACAUCUCAUUUACCCGAAAUGGUAUUUGGCGAUAAUGCCUUAGUCCUAAAACACUUAAGCAGCGAUACUAAGAUCCAUUUCAAUGCGUUCGAUGCUCUCAUGGGUUGGAAGCAGGAAGGGUUGCCUCCGGUUGAGGUUCCUGCGGCUGCACAAUGGAAAUUUCGGAGCAAGCCAUCUCAACAGGUGAUACUAGACUAUGAUUAUACUUUUACAACCCCGUACUGUGGAAGUGAAGUGAUUUCGAGAGACGAAGAAAAGCAGCAAGGAGCAGAUGCAGAUUUGGACAGGGAAACCAGUCUUCGAUGGGAGAACUGUGAAGAGCGGAUUGAUUUGGCUGCUCUCUCACUUAAAGAACAUAUUCUCUUCUAUGAUGAGGUAGUUUUGUACGAAGAUGAACUGGCUGAUAAUGGAGUGUCACUUCUCACGGUGAAAGUGAGAGUCAUGCCGAGUUCCUGGUUUCUUCUUUUACGAUUUUGGCUCAGAGUUGAUGGUGUUCUCAUGAGAUUAAGAGACACAAGAGUGUAUUGCGUGUUUGGCAAGGGCGAGACACCCACUGUUCUCCGAGAAAGCUGUUGGAGAGAAGCCACAAUUCAGUCUCUAUCCGCUAAAGGGUAUCCGAUGGAUUCAGCAGUGUAUAGUGACCCGAGCGGAAUCAGCCAGAGGCUUCCCGUGAUUAAGCAGACAACUCAGAAGCUGAAGAUCCCGCAGAAAUCGUAGACUCUUAUCAACUUCCAAGUCGCUCCACAAGAACAGCAAUGUGCUUAUAUGUGUUAAGUAUAAGCUUUCUUAGAGUCAUUGAAACUACUCCUUUCGUGGUUGUGUUUUGUCGUGAAAUUGAUUCUGUUGAUGGGCAUCUAGUGGAUGGUGUGUUUAUGUUCAGAUUCUACUGUAAUUUAAGGGAUAUGUAACAAGUUUAUUCAGCAAAAUCAAACCAAGCUUAGACUUUGUA